UUUAGACAAUCACGAGGAUGAAGAACAGCGACUUCCAUGGCGAUUUCUGAGAAGAUUGUUAUCUGGAGGAAAAUGAGAGAGUUGGGGAAGAAGAAGGGUAUAACUGUAAAAAGAGAGAUGAUGAUUUGAGAUGGUGAAGAAGAUAGUUUUAGUUUUUUUUUUAUAUACUAGAGGAUUGUUAAUUUGUUAGCCAGCGUGUGUCUUCUUCGAUGUAAAUUUAGCCAAGAAGAUCGAAAACGUUAGCCAAGAAGCGAAACGUGAAUUUCAGAUCUCAGAAUGAAGUUGACUUGUUAAGCAAGAUCCAGCACGCGAACGUUAUCUCAUUGUUGGGCUCUGCAAGUGAAAUCAACUCGAGUUUCCUCGUUUAUGAGCUCAUGGAAAAAGGAUCCUUAGAUGAGCAGUUACAUGGGCCUUCUGGUGGAUCAGCUCUAACAUGGCACAUGCGUAUGAAGAUUGCUCUUGAUACAGCCAGAGGGCUAGAGUAUCUCCAUGAGCAUUGUCGUCCACCAAUUAUCCACAGGGAUUUGAAAUCUUCGAAUAUUCUUCUUGAUUCUUCCUUCAACGCCAAGAUUUCAGAUUUUGGUCUUGCUGUAUCGCUUGAUGAGCAUGGCAAGGCCAACAUUAAACUAUCUGGGACACUUGGUUAUGUUGCUCCGGAAUAUCUCCUAGACGGUAAACUGACAGAUAAGAGUGAUGUUUAUGCAUUUGGGGUGGUUCUGCUUGAACUCUUGUUGGGUAGACGGCCGGUUGAGAAACUGACUCCAGCUCAAUGCCAGUCUCUUGUGACUUGGGCAAUGCCACAACUUACUGAUAGAUCUAAGCUUCCAAACAUCGUGGACUCGGUUAUAAAAGAUACAAUGGAUCUCAAGCACUUAUACCAGGUGGCAGCCAUGGCGGUGCUAUGCGUGCAGCCAGAACCGAGUUACAGGCCGUUGAUAACCGAUGUUCUUCAUUCACUUGUUCCACUGGUUCCAGUUGAGCUAGGAGGGACUCACCGGUUAACAAGAUGAUUGACAUCGGACACCAAAAAUCCAAAUCCGUUAUGAUGAGUGAUCUUUUACCUCUUUUUUAUUUUUGUAUAGGGUUGUGAUUCACUCAUCUCAAAGUUUGGGGGUAAGAAUGCGAGAAUAGAAGUUUUAAUUUCCAGGGUUGUUUGGUUCUAUAAUUACAUCUAUAUAUUUUUAUAAAAUUUGUAAAUUGUUUAUAUAUCACAUGUCUUAAAUUUGUUGUUAUGAAAAAUGUGGAAACUUAACAUGGUUUCAUAAA